AUGGCUGCUGCACCGUUCAAGGUCAAGGCCAUCUACGAGUACACCUCGAGCCACGAGGAUGACUUGCCCUUCGACGUCGGUCAGGUCAUGACCGUCAUCGAGGACGACGACCCGGACUGGUACACCGGCGAGUACGUCGAUGCGUCCGGCGAGAAGCGGGAGGGUAUUUUCCCUCGCAACUUUGUCGAGAAGUUCGAGCCGGUCGCGCCCCCGCGCCCCACGAGAUCCAAGAAGAAGGAAGCCGAGCCUCCCGUGCCACCUACGCCCGCUCAGGAGCCCCAUCCCGAGCCCGAGCCGGAACAGGAGCAGGAACAGGAGCCCGAGCCUGAAGCCGAACCUGUCCCACAGGAGCCUGAGGAGGUCGAGGAGGAGACACCAAUUGCUUCGCCUCCGCCUCCAGCUGCCGCCGAGCCGCGCUCCCCGAAAGCCCCCGUCGCUCCCGUGUCGAAGCCGGUUGAGCCUGCCCCCGCCGCGGAACCUGCUGUGCAACCUCCGGCAAAGGCGCCAGCCCCUGCUCGGAGCGGCCCUCCCCCGGUUUCCGGUAAGCCAUCGAGCAGUGCAUUCAAAGACCGUAUUGCCGCCUUCAACAAACCGGCUGCGCCGCCUGUUGCGCCUUUCAAGCCAGGCGGUCUCGGAUCCGGUGGGAGCUCUGGCUUCAUCAAGAAGCCAUUCGUAGCAGCUCCCCCAAGCAGAAACGCCUACGUCCCCCCUCCGCGAGAGGCCGCCCCGACUGCCAAGGUCUACAGGCGCGAGGAAGAUCCUGAGAUCAAGGAGAAGGAGGCCGAGAACACGGAGAAUGCGGCCAAGGCAGGACUUGUGCCCACCCAGGAGGGCCAAGACGAGGACCAGCCCAAGCCAAUGAGCUUGAAGGAGCGUAUGGCCCUGCUUCAGAAGCAACAGGCCGAGGCUGCCUCACGACACGCUGAUGCUGCUGCCAAGAAGAAGAAGCCUGAGCGGCCUCCCAAGAAGCGCACCGAGAGCCAGGAGCCACAGGAGCGCGGUUCCAUCGACAUCCCCGAGACGGCUUCUCCGCCAUUAGAACGCCGUAACACGGAGUCCACGGAUGACGCCCAACCGCCGCCUCCUCCGAGACAGUCACUGCCAUCCCGAAGGAAAUCUUCCAGAGGGCCUCCCGAGGAUGGAAACGAAGCUGACAUGUCUGGCGCUGGCGACACUACCGAGGGCCCUGAAGAGCUGACAGAGCGCGAGGAUAGCGAUGCUCAGACUAAAGGUAUCUCGCGCGCGCCCACCGGCGCUUCUGUUGCCAGCCACGACAAAGCCCGAAUCCCUGAAGAGGGCGAAGAGGAGGAGGCCGAGGAGGAGGAAGACGAUGAGGAGGAUGACGAGGAUCCUGAGGUCAGGCGAAAGGAGGAGCUCCGAGCUAGGAUGGCCAAGAUGAGUGCUGGUAUGGGCGGUUUGGGCAUGAUGGGCAUGAACCCCUUCGCUGCGCCCCUGGGGUCAUCUGGCGCAGCCAAGAAGAAGAAGCCCCCGCCAGUCGAGCGACGAGCUAGCGAACAGGCUGAAGACGCGAAUCCAACGCCCCGCAUGGCUCCCCCUCCGGUUCCGACCAUGAUGGCUCUCCCAGGGAUGGGUAAGAAGUCUGAGGAAAAGGAGGCCGAGGCCGAGGAGCAGGAGUCGCCUGUCGAGGAAGAUAUCACCCCAGUCACCUCGGCUACCUCUCGUGCCGUUCCUGAGCCUCCAACGCAGAGCCCGGGGGGCCCUCCCCCUGUUCCCAGUGGACGACCAGCGCCGCCUCCCGUUCCUGCUGAAUCCCGGCCACCACCGCCACCUCCUCCUGCUGGUGUGACUUCGCCCAGCGUUGGAUCCGAGUCUGACGACGAGCUAUCUGAGAGUCAACUGCAGUCGGUGGAGACACCCCGUGGUGAGGCUCCUCCUACGAGCAGAGCUCCUCCGCCAAUUCCUGUAGCUUCGCCAACCAUGGCCCCAGCAUCCCCUCGGCCUGCUGGGCGCCGGACGUCGUACAUGGGAGCGGAAACAUCACCGACGUCCCCGGACCAGCCCAGCAAGCGAAACAGCCGUCCGCCGCCUCCUAUUCCAGGCUCUGCACCGCUUCCCCCUGCACAAAAUCGGGCUCCGCCGCCUCCUCCACCAGGCACUGCUCCUAGCCGCACAUCUACGUCUGAUGAGAGGGUGGUGUCACCAAUGAAGCCUGGGCACCUUGACAACGGAGAAGAGGAGGAAAUCACCGAAUAUGACGGAGACUACGACACUGAUAUCGGAUCCUCGGUUCCCCACAAGGACGCGCUCAAGUCGCAUGCUCGGGAUUCAAGCUUUGAUGAGAGCGUUAGGUCGCCCGUUUCUGACGCUGCGCCCCCGUCGCUACCGCCUCCCAUUCCAAGCGCUGCCGCCCCAAGGGCUGUCCCUCCCCCUAUUCCAAGCCAGCCGCCGCCGCCACCAGCCCGGCCGUCCGCGGACAUGCCUCGUGCUGCUCCUCCUCCUCCACCUCCGCCGAAGACGGAAACCUACGCGCAGGACGACGACGAGUACGAUCCCUACAACUACACAGCAUCACGACCUGCAGCGCCGACAACCUUGUCUUACAGCAUUUCGAGACACGAGGAGGAGGCGGCAUCACCCGAUAAUGCACCGUCCUACCAGUCACCCCCGCCGCCAACCACACGCGCACCACCUCCGGCCCCGCCCUCGAACAGAGCUCCACGCCAGUCCCUCGAUGUUUCCAGGCCCACGGGUGGACGAAGAUCAAUGGACGUAAACCGACCUUCAAUUUCGAUGGAGUCCGGAUUCGUGGCUAAUGAUCUUGACCUUGCGCCCCACACGAACUGGUGGUCAACGCCAAACGGCGUCCCGCCAACCCUCCAGGGGCGCAGAGAUGUAUUCUUCGAGUCCGAGGAAUCUACCACCUCUGCACCUGGGGGCAGAACUGUUGUCACUAAGGAGGUAUAUGUCUUGUUCCAGGAUUACUCGCAAACGAUCAUCACAGUGCGGUACGAUCCACAAAACCCGUCUGACACGCAGCUUGAUCAAAGACAUGAACCCCCACCACGUACUCUGCGCCAGGAUCAAUUGGAACAGGCCUACGAACGAUUUGGUCUGCAAAUCUCGAACACGAUUCCAUCCAAGAAGGACUCUGUCGUCGGUGACGGCUCUCCCCAUAGCUUGGUCUACGAACUUCUGCGACCGUUCAAGGAUGCUCUGCUCCCUGUUGGUACACGCACCUACGGCGCUCUUGUCUACGCCAACAUUGCCAAUGCUUCCACCACGAUGAACGAUGAGAUCCGACCCGGUGAUAUCAUCUCUAUCCGCAAUGCCAAGUUUUCCGGCAAGCACGGCGCCAUGCACGCCAAGUACUCGAUGGAGGUGGGCAAACCAGAUCACGUCGCCAUCGUUGCCGAAUGGGAUGGUACCAAGAAGAAGGUCCGCGCCUGGGAGCAAGGCCGCGAGAGCAAAAAAGUGAAGCAGGAAAGCUUCAAGCUAGAAGACCUCCGUUCCGGAGAAGUCAAGAUCUGGCGUAUCAUGCCUCGCAGCUGGGUCGGAUGGGACUCGUCGAACUAG